UGGCGACGCUACCAUCCCCGCCAACGCAAAAAGCGCAACCGUGGCUGCACUUCGUCGCAGGAGGGCUCGGAGGGAUGUGCGGCGCGAUCGUGACGAGCCCGUUCGACGUCGUGAAGACACGACUGCAGUCAGACCUCUUCCGACAGAAACACGCCGCCGUCGGCGUCGUGGGCACCUCUGGAGGCGGUGGGGCGGCUGCGGCUGUCAUGGGAGGUGCCCCGCGGUCGAUGGGGCUGCUGUACAACUUCGUCGAGACGGGGUACAUCAUUCGGGACAUCUACCGCGAAGAGUCCUUCCGGGCGCUGUUCAAAGGCCUCGGGCCCACCCUCGUCGGCGUCAUCCCCGCGCGGUCAAUCAACUUCUUCACAUACGGCAACGGCAAGCGGCUCAUCGCCGAGCACCUCAACCACGGGCAAGAAAAUUCCUACGUGCACCUCUCCGCGGCCGCCAUUGCGGGCAUCGUCACCGGCACCGCGACGAACCCGAUCUGGGUCGUCAAGACCCGCUUGCAGCUCGAGCAGGGGCAGGGCAAGGCGCUGGGGGGCUCCUGGAUGUGCAUUAAGAAGAUAUUGAGGGAAGAGGGGGUGAGGGGGUUUUAUAAGGGCUUGAGCGCGAGUUAUUUGGGGGUGACGGAGGGCACGAUCCAGUGGGUGCUUUAUGAGAGGUUGAAGAGGCUGAGCUCGCAGGGUGAUGGGCAGGGUGCGAUGGGCAAGUGGGCGGGGAUGUUGGGCAGUGCGGGGUCGGCGAAGUUGGUGGCGAGUUUGAUCACUUAUCCUCAUGAGGUCCUAAGAACACGUCUUCGACAACCAAGCGUGAACGGUGUGAUAAAGUACACCGGGCUGUUGCAGACUCUACGGCUGAUCGUCGCGGAGGAGGGCGUGCGGACGCUGUACAGCGGCCUCUCCGCCCACUUGAUGAGGGUGGUGCCCAACGCGGCGGUCAUGUACUCGAUAUACGAGGGCGCGAUCAAGUGGGGGGAGGGGCGGUAAC